GGGACUCAGCUGCUAGGGAGAGAAGACUGUUAUUUGCUGCUUUCCUUUGCUAAGCUGAUUUACUUGUUUAAGAUUUGACCUUAUGAUCCCUUCAGUAUAGUCCCCCACCUCCACACUUAGCAUCAUCAGUGCAAAGAGGAAACACCGCUGAGCUUAAAACCAGUCGGUUCCUUUUUUAGAUUCCUUUUGCAUUGUGUACCCUUGUAUAGAUGUGUGGAGAAAAUAUCAGAGAAACACUAAGAAUUUUCCUGAAGCGAGAAACCUUCUAGAAGGCUACUUUGCAUCCAAAGAAUAAGGCACAUUUUGCAUUUUUCCCUGCAAUUUCUGCCUUUUUCCUUUUUGGUUUUACAAAUAUGUCAGUAUCUGGGAAGAAAGAGUUUGAUGUUAAACAGAUCCUAAAGCUACGCUGGAGGUGGUUUAGCCAUUCGUCGCAGAGCUCAGCAGUUAGUGGAGGCUACAUACAACAAGAAGGCUUUGAGCACAGAGGGACACCAGUUCACAACAGGCUGAAGAGUCAUUCUCGGGACAGGAGUGGACUUCGUAAAAGCAGCAGCCCUGUCCAUAGCAUUUUGGCUUCAGGACCUGGAUCAACACCAGCAAGAUUAGCAAGUCACUCGUGGCAUCAACAGAAUAUAUUAGAAAAUUUGCAGGGAAAUGAUGUGCUGUCUAAAAUCAACAGUCAGGAAAAUCCCAGUUCAGAAGAAUGCAAAACAGGAAAAGAGGAUGUCAAAUUUGUUUCUGAGAAUCACUUAGAAGAAUAUAAAAAAGAAAGGUUGUCAAUGAGCAGUUUCUCUAAAAUGAGUUCAAAUUGCUCUGAUGAAUAUUUUCAGGCCAUGAAUCAUGCUGAACAGGCUUUCAGAAAAAUGGAAAAUUACCUCCAGCACAAGCAGUUGUGUGAUGUACUUCUCAUUGCUGGAGAUCAUAAAAUUCCUGCACACAGACUUGUUUUGAGUGCAGUGUCCGAUUACUUUGCUGCAAUGUUCAUUAAUGAUGUCCGUGAGGCCAAGCAAGAUGAGAUUAAAAUGGAAGGGGUGGAUCCGGAUGCACUCAAAGCCUUGGUGCAUUAUGCCUAUACCGGUGUUCUGGAACUGAAGGAAGACACAAUAGAAAGUCUUCUAGCUGCAGCCUGCCUUCUUCAACUUUCUCAAGUCAUUCAAGUUUGCUGUAACUUUUUAAAGAAACAACUACAUCCCUCCAACUGUUUAGGAAUUCGAUCAUUUGCUGACGCACAAGGAUGUAUGGACCUUUUAAAUGUGGCUCAUACUUACACAAUGGAACAUUUCCUUGAAGUCAUAAAGAAUCAAGAAUUUCUCCUGCUUCCUAGCUCAGAGAUUGUUAAACUGUUAGCCAGUGAUGACAUAAAUGUGCCUGAUGAAGAGACUAUAUUUCAAGCACUGAUGGUGUGGGUCAGGCAUGAUUUUUCUGCUAGACAACGGGAGCUAGGUCUUCUUCUUUCAUACAUUAGACUACCACUUCUGCCUCCUCAGCUUUUAGCUGACUUAGAAAACAACAAGAUGUUUGCUGAUGAUUUAGAAUGCCAGAAACUUGUCAUGGAAGCAAUGAAGUAUCACCUUUUGCCAGAACGUCGCCCUAUGUUGCAGAGUCCUAGGACAAAACCUAGAAAGUCAACAGUAGGAUCACUUUAUGCAGUGGGAGGCAUGGAUGCAACAAAAGGUGCCAUAACUAUUGAAAAGUAUGACUUGCGUUCAAACACUUGGAUUCAAGUUGGCUCAAUGAAUGGAAGAAGACUGCAGUUUGGUGUUGCAGUAAUUGAUAACAAGCUUUAUGUUGUUGGAGGUAGAGAUGGUCUGAAAACUUCUAACAUGGUGGAGUGUUACAACCCAGUGACCAAAGUAUGGUCUGUAAUGCCACCUAUGUCAACUCACAGACAUGGAUUAGGAAUUGCCGUUCUUGAAGGGCCUAUGUAUGCAGUUGGAGGCCAUGAUGGUUGGAGUUACUUAAACACAGUAGAACGAUGGGACCCACAAGCAAGGCAAUGGAAUUAUGUUGCCAGCAUGUCAACUCCAAGAAGUACAGUUGGUGUUACAGCAUUGAAUGGCAAGCUGUUUGCUGUUGGAGGUCGUGAUGGCAGCUCUUGUCUUAGAUCAAUGGAGUGUUUUGACCCACAUACCAAUAAGUGGAGCAUGUGUGCACAAAUGUCUAAAAGAAGAGGAGGAGUGGGAGUAGCAAACUAUAAUGGUUUUCUGUACGCCAUUGGUGGCCAUGAUGCACCUGCCUCAAAUCACUGUUCACGUCUUUCUGACUGUGUAGAAAGGUAUGAUCCAAAAACAGACACUUGGACAACAGCAGCACCUUUAAGUGUUCCCAGAGAUGCAGUUGGAGUGUGCCUACUUGGAGACAGACUUUAUGCAGUUGGGGGAUAUGAUGGACAAGUUUAUUUAAAUAGUGUUGAAUCCUAUGAUGCUCAGAAUAAUCAGUGGACAGAGGAGGUGCCUCUCAACAUUGGGAGAGCUGGAGCUUGUGUUAUUGUUGUCAAACAACCAUGAGGAAUUAAAAGAAAGAAGAUAUGCCAUCCUUGUUACAAUCAAGCACAAACAUCUUUAACAUCACAAUAAUCUCAGUUUUGAAUUUUUAGAAAUGUGAGCAAAAACCCAGAUAACAUUCUUUGUAAAAAGUUUGAUAUCUUUGACCUAAAAGAAAGUGACCAAAUGUUGUAAAUAAUUUUACCUAAUUAUAAAAUGCUAAGAAUUUAUACAGUAGUAUUUUUGAUAGCAGUUAAAGUUUGCAAAAAGCAUGAGAACAUUGGUAUUCUUAAUUGGCAAUAAAAUAUUCUUACUGUUGA